UCCAAAAAAAAAAAAUGGCACCAACAUUACAAAACCCUAUCAAAAUCAUAUUCUUCUCAAUGUUACUUUUGAUAACCAUCAACAUUGCUUAUAGUCAACCAAAUCGAUCAACCUUAGUGUUCUACAUGCAAGAUGUCGGAAAAGGACCUAAUGCAACUGUUUCGCCGGUUAUCGGCAUCAAGGACAAAGAUUGGUCCUACAAUACAUUUGGAACAAUAUUUGCAGUUGAUGAUCCUGUUACAUUAACUCCGAGUCCAACUUCGACUCAAGUUGGAAGAGCUCAAGGUGUAAUUAUAGUAAGUUCUCAAGAUGGUGCAAAUGUGAACAUAAUUUUGUCAAUUGUGUUUAACAAUGCGCAAUAUGCUGGAAGUACUUUAGAAAUUCAAGGUAUUGGUCGUCAACGUGAGAAUUUAAGAGAGCUCAGUGUUGUGUCUGGGACAGGAAGAUUUCGAUUUGCAAGAGGAUUUAUUGUGUUUGAAACUAUAUCUUUUGAUGGCUCAAAUAAUCAAUCGGUAAUUCGUUUGACUUUAACUUUAGAAAUACCUUAAGAGAAUUAUAUAUUAUCAUAUGGUUAAUGGAUGUAUGUUGUCAUACAAACUUUACAUUGUACUGAUAAAUAAAAAUUAUAAAGGGAACAAUGUGAACAUUUUUAUGUUCAUGUUAGUAUUAUUUCUUUA